AUGCAGCAGCGCAAGCUUGGCAACCAAGGUCUCAGCGUCUCGGCCAUCGGCCUUGGCGCCAUGGGCAUGACCGCCUUCUACGGUGACUUUGACCGCGAAGCAGCUGAAGAGACCAACAUUGAGACCAUUGGCAAGGCGCUCGAGCUCGGCAUCAACAUGAUCGAUACGGCGUGGAUCUACCAGUCGUUUGGUAUUGACGGCAAGCCCAACGUCACCAACGAAGCGCUUGUCGGCAAGGCUCUCAAGCGCUUUGGCCGCGACAAGUUUAUCGUUGCGACCAAGUUUGGACUCGGCGUCGACGCCAAUGGUCAACGCUACAUCAGCGGCAAGCCGGCGUUCAUUCGUGAGCAGCUCGCGCAGUCGUUGGAGCGUCUCGGUAUCGACUCGGUGGAUCUCUACUACAUGCACCGCAUGGACCCGUCGACGCCAAUCGAAGAGACGAUGGCGACCCUCAAAGAGCUCGUCGAAGAAGGCAAGAUCAAGUACCGAGCUGCGUCGCGCCCACGCCGUGCACCCGGUCUCGGCGAUCCAGAUGGAGUGGUCGCUCAACACCCGUGA